AAGAGGAUAAAGGUAAAAGUAACGUUAAAAGAAAAAAAAGUUGCGGUUUUGGGCAUCAAUCUAGCGGGUUUGGAGGACUAGUCUAGCGGGAACUAACAUUUUCAUUUGGCAUCACUGCAUCUACAUGUAAACAAAAAUGACAGACUUGAACCGAGAGCUGAAGGAGUACUUAUCGAGGGGUGAUGGCAAGUCUGAGUCAAAGGUGCCACUAUUGCCGACGACCAUCAGUGACAUCAAGAUCCCGAAAAUAAGUUCUUGGUUUACACGAAAUGGCAAUGCGGCAAAUGAAGACGAGGACACAGCGUCUUCCUCCUCCUGGUCCUCAUCACCACAGUCUGACCCUUGUCUGCCAAGCCUGGGUAGGAAACAGAGGAUCCUAGGAUUUUUGGCUUGUGUUGUGAUGGGCCUAAUCUGCUUCUCGCUGGCUGCGAUGUACUUCCCACUCUUGGUGUUCAAGGCUCGCAAGUUUGCCUUGCUCUUCACUUUAGGAAGCUUAUUCUCUGUUUUAAGUUUCUCUUUCCUGUGGGGUCCAGUAAAUCACCUAAAACAUCUAUUUUCGUCAGAACGACUUAUGUUUACUUCAAUUUAUUUUAUCUCAUUGUUUGGAACACUCUACUUUGCACUCAGUUUGCAGUCAACAGUUCUUACUUCUAUAGGAGCCAUUGUACAGGUGGCUGCAUUACUGUGUUUUGUUCUAAGUAAUAUACCAGGUGGCCAAACAGGGCUCAAGUUUUUCUCAAGCAUAUGCUCUUCCGUGGUAAAAACUACAGUCUCCAAAGCUCUGCCAGUCUAGCUGUAUUUUCAUGCUGUAUUUUUCUACUCUCAUUGUGUAUACACUUCAAUUGUUAUGUGUUGUGUGUGAAUCUCCUACACGUGGUAGUUAAGGCCAGUUUUCAAUUUUUCACUUGUAUGGGCAAAAUUACAUUUGCAAUCUAGU